GCUUUAUGCGCCACACAGACUCAAAGCAAACGGCCAGAGGACACACCAGUGACCGGACUGCACCGCUUCUGCUCCGGCUGAGGAAGCUAAGGUGAACCGGCGGGGAGCUAAAGGCGUACUCACCUGUAUUCACCUGUGUCCACCUUCUCCUGCUUUGUUUACGGAAAGUUUGGACAUAAACCUGGAACUUCUCCAUCCAGCCCGACUGUUAAACAAGGUUCCGCAAGAUGAAACCUGAACUCAACUUCAAGGAUCACCAUGGCUGCCCGCAUUAAACUCCUGGAAUUGUACUUGCUUUGACGACACCUCCGACAAAUCCAAGAGAACUUUGAAAACAAUCUCCCUGAACUCUUCACAGCACCGAGUUAUAUUUUUCUGUGGAUUUUUAUUUUGUAUCUAACAGACUGCCAUCAUGCCCAUCCUCAAGCAGCUGGUUUCCAACUCCAACCAGUCAAAGCGGCGGUCUCGUGCCGACUUGACUGCAGAGAUGAUUAGCGCUCCCUUGGGAGACUUCCGCCACACAAUGCACGUCGGCCGGGGAGGGGACGCCUUCGGGGACACUUCUUUUCUCAGCACCCGAUCGGGGGAACCACCCCGGGAGCCGGACACGAAGCAAGGCUCCCCGGGCCCCAAACCAGGGCUGCUGUCCCGCACCUUCAGGAGCAGUAAGCGCUCUCAGUCUGUAAACCGAGCGGACAAAUAUGAAUACAACGUGACGGCGCCGUCUGGAGGCUCAUCUACUUAUGUGAAAAAUGCGAUAUCCUUGCCUUACCUUAACGAUGACGACGCUAGCAGAGGCAGGCAGCUGCCGAAGAGCGUUUCAUCGAGUCCAAUGAAGACGCUGACGGAGAUCGACACCAAACCGGUGAACGGAGCCGCAGCGAUGGCGACUCUCGACUCAGAGUUUGAGGAGCGUAAUUUUGGCGAGCUUACAGAUCUGCCUCCAUCCAUGCCCAAAGGAGGCGGGAUGAAACACGCCGAGUCCAUGAUGUCUUUCCACAUCGACCUGGGGCCCUCGAUGCUCGGAGACAUCUUGAGCGUGAUGGAGAAGCGAGGCUGGGAGGACGACGACCUGGGCUACGAGGAAGGCAAGGGCAGCGAAGGCCGCGCGUCGCCAACUUUUAUUCCUCACAUAGAUGAUGACGACGCCGAAGAGCGAGCUCCUGCCAGGCCCCCCCGCAGUAUGCACCAACAGAAGGCGGCGCUGGUCGACCCGUACACGCCGGAGCUCCACGCCAGGAACAACCACCACAACCUGGACAGCUGCUCUGUGUCCAGCUCCGGCUCCGCCAACGAGGAGAAAGCUCAGUACCAUCUGCACGAUGGCGACACAGACAGCGCUAAGUACAGUUCGCCACGCGGGGAGGAGGACAGGGAUUUCACCUUCAUGGAUGAAGAUGACGAUGAUGAGAUUCGAGUGUAGGCUAAUCUGGUGUCGCUGCCAUGAACAGUCUGGAUGGACACAAAUGAGAUGUGUUGGGAGACAAGCUGGGAAAGAUGAAAAAUGGGCCAAAUCGGCUUUAAGCUUGGAUUAGAUCAGUCCUACCUACAACUUUGGGUGGACCGGAAUGUUUUUUUUUUUUAAUUCAGGGCCAAUAACAAUUAUUAAGAAUCAAGGAGACACAUUAUCAAUACAUUUGCAGUAAACAUGGAAAUUUAGAAUAACACAAACACUAACAUAAAACUCCAUUGAAAUGCCUUCAAGGAGAUGUUUAUUGAACUUUUCAACAUGAACAUCAAACAAAGAGUGAUGGAAGCUCCCAGCAGCAUUUAUUAUAAAGUUAACGGAAAAGUUAACUUAAACAAAAACCUAGAAUUAGACUGAAAUGUGAAUCUCGUUAGAGCAGAUCGAGGAGCAGAAAGCCGAGUGACUCAGCCACUUAGUGAAGAUACAGACAGAAGGAGGAGGCAGCUUCAGAGGGUAGAGAAGGAUUUGACUUGGGGGAGAGAAAAAAGAAGUUAUUAUCGAAUAUUGGAUGAUAUAAAAAAAAACAAAAAAACAUUGGGAACAGAUAAUCGCAAAAAUGCUGAAUAUCAGAUCUGAUAAUCGGCGGGGCUGAUAAUCAGUUAAAAGUUUUUAGACUGACUGACCCCCUUUACUCAAAACACAGCCCCAGUUUUUACACUACACACUCCUUCAAGCUCAUAAACACCAUCUAUCACAUUCAACUUAAAGGAAGUGACAAUAAGGUCAUGAGAAGUGUACCACAGCUGUCAAUCACAUGAAUUCCACAUGGAACGCACCAUGCACGAGGCUCCAAAAACAAGUCAUGUGAGGUCAGCGAUAGUCUACUACAGACUGUGAGGAAGGAACAGAGAAAAAAAAACAAAAAAAAAAAA